AUGCCAAUCCGAGAGAAGAUCACAGCAAAGAAAGAAAAUGGCGCCCAAAGCCAAGAUGAGAUGGUACUGCCCAAGCUCCCAGUUCCCUCCCUCCAGCAAACAUUAGAUAGGUACCUUCAGUGCAUGAAACAUCUGGUGACUGAAGAACAAUAUAAGAAAACCAAGACUCUUGUGGAGAAGUUUGGGGCACCAGGAGGCCAGGGAGAAUUCCUUCAGAAGAAGCUUCUUGAAAGACAUGAACAAAUGGAAAACUGGGUAUUGCAAUACUGGCUAGAUGACAUGUAUCUUAAUAACCGAUCAGCUCUUCCCAUCAAUUCUAGCCCAGGAAUUAUCUUUGCUUGCCAACAAUUCCAAGAAGCAGAUGAUCAAUUGAGGUUUGCGGCCAAUCUCAUUUCUGGAGUUCUGGAUUAUAAAGCUCUGCUGGACAGCCAUGCGCUCCCUGUGGAUUUUGCUCGUGGACAACUGUCCGGUCACCCUCUUUGUAUGAAACAAUACUACGGACUCUUCUCUUCUUAUCGUCUUCCAGGACUUACCAAGGACACCCUCGUGUCCCAGAAAAGCAAUAUUAUGCCAGAACCAGAUCAUAUCAUUGUUGCUUGCAACAAUCAGUUUUUUGUUUUGGACGUGGUGAUUAAUUUCCGGCGUCUCAGUGAAGGAGACCUUUUCACUCAGUUACGGAAGAUAGUUAAGAUGUCGGAAAGCGAGGAAGAGAGACUGCCUCCAAUUGGUCUCCUGACCUCAGAUGGAAGGCUGGAGUGGGCCACCGCCAGGGCGAUCCUCAUGGAAGAUUCUACAAACCGAGACUCCCUUGAUAUGAUUGAACGAAGCCUGUGCUUGGUCUGCCUUGAUAGUCCAGCUGGAGAAGAGCUGAAUGACACCAACAGGGCUUUGCAGCUUCUCCAUGGUGGUGGCUACUCUAGAAAUGGUGCCAAUCGCUGGUAUGAUAAGUCUACGCAGUUUGUCGUAGGACGAGAUGGAAUCUGUGGAACAGUGUGUGAACACUCUCCAUUUGAUGGGAUCAUUCUUGUGCAGUGCAUCGAACACUUGCUGAAGCACAUGAAAGAAGGAGCAAAGAAACUGGUCAGAGCAGAUUCCGUGAGUGAGCUUCCUGCUCCAAGGAGGCUGCGGUGGAAAUGUUCUCCAGAAAUUCAGAGUCACUUGGCUUCUUCUGCGGAAAAAUUGGAAAGACUGGUGAAGAAUCUGGAUUUUGUUGCUUAUAAGUUUGAAAACUAUGGGAAAGAAUUUAUCAAAAAACAGAAGAUGAGUCCAGAUGCCUACAUCCAAGUAGCACUCCAGUUGGCCUUUUUCCGGUUGAACACGAGGCUGGUUCCCACCUACGAAAGUGCUUCUCUUCGUCGCUAUGAAUGUGGGAGGGUAGACAACAUCCGCUCCGCCACUCCAGAAGCGUUAACGUUUGCAAAAGGAAUGGUAGAUAAGAAAUCGGGUCUCCAGAAUUCUGAAAAAAUGCAGCUAUUUAAGAGUGCAAUAACCGCUCAGACCAAUUAUACUGUUUUGGCUAUUACAGGCAUGGCUAUCGACAACCAUUUAUUGGGACUGCGAGAGACGGCCAGAGAAAACUUCGAAGAACUGCCAGACUUCUUUACUGAUGAAACUUAUUUGGCAAGCAAUCGAUUUGUUCUCUCCACCAGCCAGGUUCCUACCACAAUGGAGAUGUUCUGCUGUUAUGGGCCGGUGAUUCCUCAAGGCUAUGGGACUUGCUACAAUCCACAGUCCCAAUAUAUCUUAUUCUGCAUUUCAAGCUUCAAAAACUGUCGAGAGACCUCUUCCAGCCAAUUUGUCAAAGCCAUAAGUGAAAGUCUAAUGGACUUGAAAGAGCUCUGUAGCGAAUCCAGCUUGACCUCGAAAAGCCAGCAGGCUAAACUGGACGGAUGUCCUCCAGUAGCCAAACCCUAAUUCCAUGCAUGUUGCAGUCUUUUCCUUCCUCCUCUCUGCAAAAUGUUCUUAAUGUAGAGUGAUGUUUCUG